AUGGGACCAGAGGAUGCAGGGUCUAGGAAGAUCCUGGGGCAGUGGCAGCCUGGGUGGGAGUGCUGGGAGGAGAACGUGGCUCAGUUUGGCUGUGGAGGGGAGGGAGCUUCCUGGGGAGGCCUGGAGUGCUGCAUGCUGCGUUGGGGUGUGUUGUCACAAGCUCUGGCUCUGGUUCCUGUCUCAGCAGCGGUGGAGAUGCUGACGUCUUCCUGCAGCCCUGAGAAAAACGCUGUCCGGAGCCAGCAGCUCUUCCUGCCAGACCCCAGCCCCAGGAAAAACAGAGGUGCUGGCUCAGCUUUGCCGGCCAAGAGGAAGAUCCCGGGAGAGUCUCUCAUUAACCCUGGCUUCAAAAGCAAGAAGGCACCAUCUGGAGUGGAUUUCGAGGACUCCUGACCUUUGCUGUCCCGUCCCCCGAUGACAACCCUACUGGAGCCUUGUCAACCACGUGUGUGGCUCGUGGAAGAGGUUUCACUGCACCCUGGGACUGCUGAGCCCCUUGCGCCCAGGGAGGCGGACGGAGCAAGCAGGACCCAGAGGGCUGGAGCCAGCACCUGGCAGGCCUGAGCAAGCAGCAGAUCCUCAGCUGGUGCGGUGGCAGGGCCUUUGGGGGGACAGACCGGGCAGGGGUGACAGAAGUGGUGGCUUUUUUCCCUGCAGCUCUUCUCUGCUGACAGGGGCCACCUCUCUACCUCGCUUGCCAUGAAUUGGCGGGGUUUUUAAAGAACUUUUAUGUUGCCAUGUAAUGAAAAGAUUGCCUGUGCUUAACUUAUUGCCAGUAAAGGUGGUUUUAGCCAGCCGGUCUCAGGGGACCGGGACAGCA